GUAUGGCCACGGCGUACAUUGAUCCAAUUUUGCCGUGGUUGGCUAUACAAAAUCAGAAUCACUCAUAUGGAAGAAGAAACAGACCAAACUCUGCUCAGCGCUUCGUCCGCAUCUGGAACCAGCCACAUAAGUCAUGCAGUAGAAACAGUGUUACAAUUCCAAACUUUUAUAAAGGGUCUAUGGACCCCUCUCUAACGGGACUAGAUGAUAAGAUCAGGCUGAACCCACUCGGAGGAAGACCGAGGUCUGCUGCUUCAUCCGCUUCAGCUCGAAGGAGAUUGGUACCAGCAGUUGUUGGGUUUGACGAGGACGCUCUACCGCCUUCGCCUGAAGAGGCGUGGCAAAAGGGGUUUGAAAAUGCACACAGCCGCCGGGGCGAAGGGGACGGAUCCGACACUUCCUACGUUAACUUUGUGAGAUCCUAUCAUGGUUCGAGCAGCAGAAGUAGUCUCACUAAUAACGGCAAGCCGCAGCAGGCUUGGGAAGCGUCUGCAGAUUCGAGUACGACAGGUAAGUUGAAGGGUAAUGUGAAGGUGCCUGGCACUGGGGUGAGCGGUAACAGACGGACCUCCAGAGAUGAGAACCAGAAUUACGAAAUCAGCGCCAAGGUGCUCCGUGCGGAAGCAAAGACCGGAACAGAUAAAACUGAAGAGGAUCCGGACCAGACCAUCAUUAAACCAGUCACAGAUCUGGGUGAUAUCAACGGAGCGGAGGAAACGGCAGCUCCUGAAGAUACGCUUGGAAUCCUGAACCUGUACGACAGAUCAACGCAAACUGGGAAACAUGGUUCAAGUGCUCUAGAGAGGAGUUAUGAACAGGCAGCACAAGACAGAUCUCAAAUCACAAAAUGCGACAAAGGCGUCCAAUCUAACCCUCCCAGGUUAGCAAAACCGAGUCCUUCCAAGUCAGACUUCUUCCAGAAAGACAACCGAGAAGAGGCUCUAACUAACAAGGUACAGUCGCAGGUAACGAGCAAGCUCGGGAAGAAACAGCGCAAGGCCUCGAUAAUCUGCACAGCAGACCUCACUGGACCCAAGUUUAAAGAGAUUCCAGACUUCAACAUGGCUAACUGGGUCCAGUCUAGGAUUCUAGUUAGCGCACAAUCGGCCCGCUACGAGUUACCCAUGGACAUGCACGUCCUGGCCAAGCUCUCUCCAUUAGAAUAUCUCACAGAAUAUGCAAUAAUUUGUAAGAGGCGGCAAGCUUUAUACAAACUGAUUUUCUCUAAAUAUGACCGGGAACGGAAACAUUUCUUAAAACGAAAGCAAGCGAUCGCUGGAUUGAAGGAGAUUCAUUUGGGAUCAGCGAGUGACCACGAAAUCUCAGCCAUUCUCAAGAUGAUAAACUUAGACGAUAAUUUCAAGAUAGACUUCAGGUUUUUUUGUAGCAUAGCGGCGUUCUCAGAGAGAGUACUGGCAAGGUGGAUGAUCCUACCUGGAGGAGCUCUGACACAGAAGGAAACUAUCGAGAAAGCUGACUUUACUAAUCUUACUUGGAAACUAGAAGGAGUUGACAUCACGAGCAGUAUGCAGAAAGUCCUGUACGCGUUAUGAGGGGACCCUACACCAGAACACAGAUAAUCCCUCGAAUAAAGAUAAUCCCUUGAUCACGAUCUACCGAUUGUUUCGGCCCUAUGUCUGAAUCGGAUCAUUGGGAAGUGAACAAUUUAUGUGAUAUCUAUUUCACGAGAGUCACAAGACCUUGGACAGAAAAUAUGCCACUGUCUACGACUACAGCUGUCUACUGAUAUAUUGAUAACAGUGCUAAUAUAAUUAUACUACCAGUUUUUUAGCCGCGACCUAUAAUGACUUGGUUAAUAAUUAUACCGAUAUUGAUACUGAUAGAGAAUUUCAAUUAUCGAUAGUUCUCAAUUUCAUGCCUCAUGGAAAGGGUACGUUACUGCUUUACUAUGAAACGUGUCCGUACAACCAGACCAGGUUGCUCUCAUUAAUGAUCGUCAUCAACAUCUCAAACAAGCUUUAACAGGCAACUGCACGUGUAAGAUUGAGGAAAAUUUAAAAACAUUAAUUUAGUUUCAUCAACCAAUGAACAAUGAAACAUACAGGUUGUGGGAAACUUUUAGCUAGGAUGCUUAAGGCCAUGACUAAGCUAUAAGUUAUAAGUUAUCGGUCAAUAAUUAGUCCGUCCCGGUCGUACUAACUAUGUGAAUUAAGAAUUAUUAAGUUGAAGAAGAAAUUUUGAGUUAUUUUUUCAUUAAUUUAUGUCAUUAAUUUGUUUAUCUAUUAAAAUAUGUGUUCACGAUUUAUAUAUAUUUUUUG